GUUAAAUGGCAAAAAUGUAGACCCGACUGUAAAUGAUGUGUGUGACAGGUCGUAAAUCGAUUUGGUGAUCCCUAAUUUAUUUACAUUCGCUCGCCAAAGUGGGGUUAGUUGGGCCAGUUGUUUUCGGGUUAAACAUUUCCUUCGUAAGUUAUAAAUUAAAAACUAAUAAAAAUGGGCAAAGUAAUGUCUGUAGUAUCACGACAAAUAAAUCGCUUUAAUGUGGAGAAUCGGGCACACCGUGUACUCGAAAGGGACAAGCCUGUUCCGGCACCCAAAUACGAAUCAAAUAUAAGGGAUAUGGAACGGACAAUGGAGUUGGAUCCCAAAUUCUUGGACAAACUGAAUAAGAAGGACGAGGCUUUGGAUCAACGUUUGAAAAGUGUUUAUGUAACAUCAGAGGAUAAAUUUAUAGACUAUGGUAUAAAACGUAAGGAAACAGAUGAAAAAGCAUUGCCAAUGGAUCGUCGAACCCCCGAAGAUUUUGAAUUUGGUUAUAAGGAACCCCAUAGAGUAGCACCUGGACGUUGUACAUUGAGGCAGGCCCUGCAAUUUAUAACCGAUCAUCAGACAGAGCCUGAGAAAUGGACGGUAGCAAAAAUUUCCGAAGAAUAUAAAUUGAAACCAGAAUUAACAGAAAAUAUUCUCAAAUACUUUAGAAGUUACAGUAUCUAUAUACCCGACAUAAAGCAAAAGGAGUCUAUAUUAACGCAAACCAAACGAAAGAUGUUGCCCGACAGUACAGACAAACCCAAAGCAGAAGAAUAAUGCAUCAACAAAUUAGCAGCAAUUUAUUUCGUUUGGCUGAUUAUUUUCGAAGUGCAUGAAAUGCAUGACUUAAGAUUAUUAACUAGAACAAUUGUGAGAUGCCUAUUUGGAUUCAUAUUUUUUGUAAAUACCGUAAAGAGUGAAUGAAGUGAAAGAAAUAUACGAUUUAAGGAUACAAAAUCACACACAA